UUGUGAUGAGCGCCCUACAGGCUGACGUUGAUACAUUGUAGCAGCGUCUCUCGGCUUUGACUGGCAGAGCCUCGCUUCCACCGGACCUUUCCCUGGGCCACUUGCCUUCCAACCUUUGCAUUCAAGCUUCGCUGCAAGAAACAAAACGAGAUUUAAAUGCUGUUUUAGCAGUUCCACGACCGCAACAUUCCUCUAAAUGACCGUCAUCAAUUAUAAUUCAUGGGCUUACCAAGGUGACUUUGGACUGGACAAAGGCAUGUGGCCCGAAGUAGCUGCGAUGAUUGAAAAGGUCAAGAACCUCAGUGGUGUAGAGACCAUGGCAUCGUUUUGGCCAAAUGUGGAAGAUGGUAGUGUCGAUUACGCCAAGAUGCAGGGAAAGGGCUAUUUGAGCGUUAUCAGUAGUGGCCCGGGCAUCACGGACUCUUCAAUAUGUGAUUUUCAAACCGAGGAAGUCCUCCAACAUUGCUGAAGGCUCUGGUUGAAACAUCUGUCUCCUGCUUACAGGUCGUACAUUCGCA